GAAAUAUAUCAGGCCUUCCGGGGAAGAGAAGAGGAGAGGAGAGGCGAGGGGAGCAGAGCGCAGCCAUUCGGUCCGGGGGUUCGCCCAAGACAAGAACCAGUUCCGACCCUUCUCCCCCUCCCCCAGUCCUCCUCCCUCCCUGGCCCAUCGAAUCCGGCCCCCCGCCCCGCCCAGAUACGCCGCGGUUCCUCGCGUCUCCGCCGUGAAAUCCGCCGGAGAAUUCCUUCAUUGCUCGCCGCUUCUUCUUCCACCUGCUCCUGCGUUCUUGCGUCGUGGGAGGAGAGCCCGCCGUGCUCCCCGCUUCUCCGGCCCAUGCUCGUACUUCGGCGGGUCGCCGGUUCCUGUCUGCCGCGGUUCGGUGCCAAGAAGAAUCUCUGAGGCCGAGGUUGGAGCAGCAAUGGGGGCAAAGGUGGAGGUUGAGGGCUACAAUCCUGGGCAUUGCGCCAUGGGCGACCUCCACGCAAGCUGGAGGUUCCCAUACGAGGAGGAGACGUCGAAUGGCUUCGUGACGGCGGAGGCGUUCGGUUAUUCGGAAUGUGAUAAAGAGAUGUUCAGGCGCACAAUGCUGGCGCAUGAAGCUGUGUUUAGACAGCAGGUGUACGAAUUGCAUCGGGUUUACAGAGUACAGAGAGACCUGAUGAAGCAGCAUCAGAGCAGAGAAAUGCGUGCAUGCUCAACACUGGAAGAUGCAUCGCAGAGAGAUUCGCCAUCACAAAUUCCACUGCAUGGUGCAAACAUGAUCGGUACUGCUGCUGUGAACAAUGAGAAAAGCCAGUCGUCCAAGUUCCCCAGGGAGGGCAGUGUCCAGUCCUCGCCAAAUGGAUUUCCCUCAAGUGAUGCUGCUUUACCCACUAAACAAGGCAGGUUUGACCUUGAGCUCCGAGCUGAUCAUUAUUUUGAAGAUGACCAUGCAUCGGACAGCAAGCCUAUAGAUUUCCUUGGUGUAUCAUCGGAUACAAAACGUCCGAAUGAUGCUGGUGCCGCAUUAGCUAGGGCGGAAGGCUUGGGGAGGUUUGGCCAUAAUAGUGCAACCUCCUUUCCGCCGAGUACAGGUAAUCUUGUAGGCCACAAUCACAAUGUUGCUGACCUGAAUAAGCCAAUUCUGGGCCCAUAUAUGGCCAGAACAAAUGGGGCAGUAUCGGGAGGUCCUUCGUAUACUCUGGAGAACUCUUGGCAGCAGUCUCCAUGGAGAUCAAGCACAACUAACUCCAGUUUCAAUAAAGAAUAUUCCAAGGACAAGCGUAUUAAUGAAGCCACAAGCUCUAAUUUCUUUGAUGCAAGUUCCAGGAUAAAACAAGAGGAGAAACCACUGAUCGAUAAAGGUAACAGGAAACGUGCCAGCAGCACAGGUUUUCUUGCACCCAGAUGCAAUGGCAUGGAUCCACAAAAAAUGUUCAGUGCUGCUGACAGGGGAUCAGCAAGCAGUAACAAGUUUAUUUACCAAUGUCCGAAUAGUUCAUCCGGAUGGUUUUCAGGAAGUCCUUUGGAAGCCUAUGCUAUCAAUAAUCUUCCUGGACAUGACCAUCUACGCUAUCCAAGUAGUACACUUGUUGCUCCAAUCACUUCUCUGCACAUAGACCAACCUUCUGCUGCCUCUGGUGUCGGUUCUUGCAUAGUAGACCCAAGGAGCUAUAACAUCAGUGCUGAUGUCCAGUCAUUUCCAAGUUUCAAUGGAUCUUCAACUGUCAAUUCAUAUGCAUGCUUCACUGCUGCGAACCAAAGCAUUGGAACCUCAUCAUGUAAUCUGAAAAAAGUCAAUAACUCAGAUGGCAGCUAUUCUGGCGUUCCACUUGAUUCAUUGUCUGCAUCACAACCACGGCAUCAGACAAGAAUUCCAAGUGACUUGGAGCAAAACAACAAGCUGAUGUUUGGACACCCAACACGGCACUGUCAUGAAGAUCCUGAUUUUGCAAAUGGCAAGGGCAGAAAGAACUUUAAUUUGAAUGAAGCAUUGUCUGAUGGUCAAGAAGAUAUUGUUGUAGAGCAAGAAGGGGUGUGUGUAGGUGGUUUACAGCAUAUCAAAGUUGAGGGAUCAGUAUCUGGGAUUUCUUGGCUCAGUAAGAAAGCUUCAUGUGCUGAUUCCUCAGGUUUGGAGGAGCCAAGGAAGGUGUCUGAACAUUCUUAUGGGACCGCAGCGCUGAUUAACAUUAAUGAAGAUAUAACGGGAGCGGCUGUGGCUCUAUGCAAUUUGCCAGAUUCUGCUUCGACGUCUGUAGGUUGUGGAAGUAAGAAGGAUAGGCCUUGUGACAAGAUCGCCGCUAGAACGCAAGACAGCACUGCAUGUUUACCUCUUUCUUGCCAGAAACCCAUGCCUAGAGAUGGGCAAGCUGCUGAAGGUGUCACCAAUAAGAGUGGUGCUGCCGUCUGGAGUUUUAUUGAUCUGAAUGAAGAUGCACCAAAUGAAGAUAACUCAGAGUCAUCUGUAGUGUCAAGUGAUUGCCAUGUGACCUCCUUACAGAACAAGCAUGCAAAGCCUAAGUUUCUGAUUGAUUUGGAAGUGCCAGCUUGCGAAGAUGAUGAUGCUGCUACAGCUGCAGCAGAGAGCAUUCUUGCGUUGUCGAUGGAUGUGCCAGCCAGUGCAGAGACACCUGAUGAUAUGUUGCAGUGGUUUGCAGAGCUCGCCAUAUCAAGCACCGACGACCAUGCCGGGCAAGGGGAGGUCCAAGGCUGUGCCAAUAAUUCCAGUGAUGAUGAUCCAGAUUCAUUCGAAUCGCUGACACUGAAGCUUGAAGACAUCAAGACUGAUGAGUUGUGCAGCAGGCCAGCGGCGCCCGCAAUAACAACAAGUGAUGAGCAGACCGUCUCACCGGUGAACCUCCUGAUGAAGCCGAAGAGAGGCCAGCAAAGGAAGCGCCGGCAGAAGCGUGACUUCCAGAAAGACAUCCUGCCUAGCAUCUCGUCGCUGUGCCGGCCUGAGAUCAUCGAAGACAUUCAGCUGCUGGAGGGGCUGGUUCAGACGACUGGCGGAUCCUGGGAGUCGAGCUUAACUAGGCGAAAGCGUACGAGGGGUAACAAGAAGCCCAAGAAAAGGGUGCUGGACGCCGUAGAAGAAGAGGUCCAGGUCAGAGUAGAAGCAGAAGAGGUCCAGGUGAGCCCGCCCGCGAAACCUGACGACGCGGACAUAGAAGGUGAAAGCAACAUUGGCAUGAUCGGGUGGGGAAGAACGACGAGGCGGUGUCGCAGGACGAGAUGCCCGUCGGGUAUCACCGUCGCCGCCGCAUCCUGAACAAGCGUUGGUGGCGCGAUUGUGGUGAGUCGGUGAUCAUCCUGAAAUGUGUUGUAGUUGGACUGGUGUAAAGGUGUACAUACUUGGGUGGUCAAUUUGGACGGCCUCCCGUGCUCUUUUUGGGUAGAAACUUGGCCGUACAAUUUAUCGAUACAUUCUUAACCGAAGUAGUUGAUUAUGAGACAUUGGUGCGUAAACUUGUUCAUCUUUGAAGGGGCAUAGAUGAGGAUUCUGGUU